AGCUUGGAAAUUUGGUAUAAAAACUACGUCAUUUCCUCCCAGCGCUCUCUUUUUCACCGUGUGGUCAGAUUUCCAUACGGCGUUGUUUCGUGCUCUCCCAUCUAACUCGUAACGCAGGGAAAGCGGUCACGAUGUCCGGAGGUCUGGAUGUCCUUCAGAUGAAGGAGGAGGAUGUGCUGAAGUUCCUGGCUGCAGGAACCCACCUGGGAGGCACCAACCUGGACUUCCAGAUGGAGCAGUAUGUCUACAAAAGAAAAAGCGACGGUGUGUACAUCAUUAACCUGAAGAAAACCUGGGAGAAGCUGCUGCUGGCAGCCAGGGCCAUAGUUGCCAUUGAGAACCCAGCUGAUGUGUGUGUCAUCUCCUCCAGGAACACUGGACAGAGAGCAGUGCUGAAGUUUGCCUCCGCCACCGGUGCCACCACCUUCCACGGUCGUUUCACCCCUGGUACCUUCACCAAUCAGAUCCAGGCGGCUUUCCGGGAGCCCCGUCUCCUGAUUGUGACAGACCCUCGCGCUGACCACCAGCCGCUGACUGAGGCUUCGUACGUCAACAUUCCCACCAUUGCCCUGUGCAACACGGACUCUCCACUGAGAUAUGUGGACAUUGCCAUCCCCUGUAACAACAAGGGCCACCACUCUGUGGGCCUGAUGUGGUGGAUGUUGGCCAGGGAGGUUCUCAGGAUGAGGGGAACCAUCUCCAGAGAGCACCCAUGGGAGGUUAUGCCAGAUCUGUACUUCUACAGGGACCCUGAAGAGAUUGAGAAGGAGGAGCAGGCAGCAGCAGAGAAGGCUGGAAAGGAAGAGUUUCAGGGCGAGUGGAGCGCCCCUCCAGCUGAGUUUGCUCAGCCUGAGGUGGCUGACUGGUCUGAGGGUGUUGCUGUGCCAUCUGUGCCCAUCCAGCAGUUCCCUGCAGGUAAGAUCUGUGGUUUCCCUGCCACAGAGGACUGGUCCACUGCCCCCACAGCCCAGGCCUCUGAGUGGGGUGGUGCCACUUCUGACUGGUCUUAAAUCUUUGACUUUGGCAGCAAUAAAAGUGUUUUGUACACUC